AUGGUGGAAGUCGUACCCUCUCAGGCUCCCAAAGUCAUAAAGAAACUUCAAUUUAGUCUACUCAAUGCCCAGGACACUGUCAAAGUUUCUGAGUUCGAAGUCACUCAUCGGGAUCUGUAUACCGCUACGGAACGCCUGCCAGUAAAGGAUGGUGUCCUUGACCGACGUCUCUGUGCGUGGGGUACGUCGGAUAAAAGCGCGUUCUGCGAAACUUGUGGCGAAUCAUCCGUGAAUUGCGUUGGUCAUUAUGCCUAUGUCAAACUUGUCGUGCCGGUGUUCCAUGUUGGUUACUUCAAGCAUACCAUUGACGUCCUCCAAUGCAUCUGCAAAACUUGCGCUCGUGUUCUGUUGGAGGAAGAGGAACGACGUCCGUUUCUCAAAAGCUUCCGACACCCGGACAUGGAGAAUUAUCAGCGAACGAAACUUCUGAAGACCCUGAAAGCUAAGACAAGAAAGGCAAUCUACUGUCCACACUGUUCUGCGACAAACGGCAUCGUAAAGAAAACCGGUGUACUGAAGAUCAUUCACGACAAAUUCCGCGCCAAGAAAACUGCUGACGAAAUGGAACGGUGGAAGAAAACAUUUUCUUCGGCUGUUGAGGCACAGAAGGAGCUCGGAAUGUUUCUGAAAAAGGCCGUGCACGAGGACCUGAAUCCGCUGAAGGUUUUGGACCUAUUCAAGAGAAUAUCAGAUGAGGAUUGCGAAAUCAUGGGACUGCGGCCUUCAUUCGGGAGACCAGAAGAGUUUAUUUGGCAGUAUAUCUCAGUACCACCUGUCUGCAUUCGCCCAUCUGUCGCUCAGGAUGGCGCGUCGAACGAGGAUGAUCUCACCGUCAAGCUAACUGAAAUCGUGUUCACAAAUGCCCUAAUAAAGCAAGGCCUGACGAAAGGAUCCCCCACGUUUCAAUUUAUGGAACAAUGGGAAUUUCUUCAACUCUCCGUUGCCGUCUAUGUCAACUCUGAAACCCCAGGUGUUAACUCUCAACCUGGCCAGAAGCCCAUUCGUGGAUUCGUGCAACGUCUCAAGGGAAAGCAAGGUCGUUUCCGUGGGAAUCUAUCGGGAAAGCGUGUCGAUUUCUCUGGUCGUACAGUUAUUUCUCCUGACCCGAAUUUGCGGAUCGAUGAAGUAGCUGUACCCGAGCGAGUGGCCAAGAUUCUCACAUAUCCGGAGCGUGUUACCUCUCAUAAUGUUGAAAUGCUCCGGCGGGCGGUGAGGAAUGGUCCGGACGUUCAUCCAGGUGCCAAUUUUGUUGCAAGGGACACGGUCAAAAAGUUUUUGAAGUUUGGGAAUCGAGAUGCGGUUGCAGAUGGAUUGGCAAUCGGUGAUGUCGUAGAACGGCAUAUUAUUGACGGAGAUAUUGUUUUAUUCAAUCGACAACCAAGUUUGCACAAGCUAUCCAUCAUGUGUCAUAGGGUCAAAGUUCGUCCGUGGAGGUCCUUCCGUCUGAAUGAAUGCGUGUGCGGACCAUACAAUGCUGACUUCGAUGGAGACGAAAUGAACUUACACGUACCCCAAACAGAAGAGGCGAGAACCGAAGCCCUGGAACUUAUGAGCGUCAAGCACAAUCUUGUUACACCUCGUAAUGGUGAUCCCGUCAUCGCCGCCAUUCAGGAUUUUAUUACAGCGUCCUAUCUCAUCUCUCGGAAAGACCAGUUCUUCGACCGGCGCCAAUUCACCCAGAUCUGCUGCUAUUUUGCCGAUGCAAACAUACAGAUUGAUAUCCCUCCUCCAACCAUCUGGAAGCCGGUCAGGCUUUGGACAGGAAAGCAGAUUUUCAAUGUCUUAAUGCGUCCGAACAAACAAUCGAAGGUCUUCGUAAAUGUGGAGUCGAAGUGUAAUAAAUGGGAGGAAGCCAAGGCUGCCAAUUAUCCAGAGCGGAUGCAUGUCGUUAAAGAUCUUUCACCGAACGAUGGUUGGCUCGUUAUCGUGAACAGCGAGAUCAUGUGCGGAGUCAUGGACAAGGCCAUUGUCGGUAGCGGAAAGAAGAAAUCCAUCUUUGGUGUCAUCAUGCGAGAUUAUGGUCCACAUGAAGCCGCAGCUGCAAUGAACCGAUUGGCGAAGCUAUGCGCUCGAUGGCUAGCGAAUUUCGGUUUCUCUUUGGGAAUUAAUGAUGUUAUACCCGGUCCCGAGCUAACCAGAGAGAAGGACAGAUUAGUGGAGCUUGCUUAUGCACAAUGCCUGGAACAUAUCGCCCGAGCAAAGAAAGGACAGCUAGAAAACAAGCCGGGAUGUAAUCAAGAACAGACUCUUGAAGCGCUCAUAUCGUCGGUCUUGUCAAAAGUUCGAGAGGAGGUGGGACAAAUUUGCAUGAAGGAGCUUAGCCGUCACAAUGCUCCGCUCAUCAUGGCUACUUGUGGAUCGAAGGGUUCCGUCAUCAACGUCUCCCAAAUGGUUGCCUGUGUCGGCCAACAAAUUAUAGCUGGGCAUCGUGUUCCCGAUGGCUUCCAAGACCGUUCUUUGCCUCACUUCCCCAAGAAAUCAAAGGAACCGCCAUCAAAAGGAUUCGUGCGGAAUAGUUUCUACUCUGGGUUGGUUGCAACCGAAUUCCUAUUCCACGCCAUUUCGGGUCGUGAGGGUCUUGUCGAUACUGCUGUCAAGACUGCAGAAACUGGGUACAUGCAGCGGCGGCUUAUGAAGGCGCUAGAGGAUCUCACCACGCAAUAUGAUUUGUCAGUCAGGAAUUCGACGGGAGGCGUAGUUCAAUUUAAGUAUGGUGAUGACGGUCUUGACCCUGCCUGCCUGGAAAGUGAUGCUCAACCUAUUGACUUUGAGCGCGCUUGGAGCCACGCAUGUGCAACUGGGUUGUCUGGCGGCAGAGCUCUUCUGCCAUAUGAAGUUAUGGAAAUCGUCAACACUGAACUCAACUCGACAAAGUUCACGAGCGAGUGCACGAUGGCGUAUCUUGCAACGAUCCGUGCAUUUAUUCUUGACCACGUCGUUCUCAGACAAGUCGAGGUCAGGAAAAGCCGUGGUAUGUUCGAAGCAUUGGAACGCCAUGAAGAAUGGGACGAACAUACCGAUCUCUCUUUCGGAGCUUCUGACGCUGACAAGGCGAUCGUGCAAAAUAAAUCCAAGGUCACUGAGUUGCAACUACGGACCUUCUUGGAGCUCUGUUGGUCCAAAUAUGCAAAAGCUCGCAUAGAACCUGGUUCUACUGUGGGCGCUGUCGGAGCUCAAUCCAUCGGUGAACCCGGAACGCAGAUGACUUUGAAAACUUUCCAUUUUGCUGGUGUCGCUUCUAUGAACGUUACCCUUGGAGUUCCUCGUAUCAAGGAGAUUAUCAACGCUGCUAAGAACAUCAGCACGCCUAUUAUCAGCUGCAAAUUGGUUACAUGCGAUAGUGAGGCGUCAGCUCGUAUUGUGAAAGGUCGCCUGGAAAAGACCCUGCUUGGUGAAAUUGCUAGCGUCUUGGAGGAAGCCUGGGCUCCUGAGUACACAUAUCUUGGCGUGAUUGUCGAUACGGACGCCAUUCAAAAGCUUCAGCUCGAGCUCACAUUGGAUGACAUCAAGUGGGCUAUAGUUGGUGCAAAGAAGCUGAAGAUCAAACAAGAGUCUGUAAUUGUCCUUCCGCGCAAAAACCGGCUUCGGAUAUACGUUGACACGGAGGAUAAAUAUUAUCGAUUGCGAGAAUUGAAGCGAGGGCUGGCCGACGUUGUAGUAAAGGGUGUUCCUGAGAUUCAACGAGCCAUCAUAAACAUCAAGGAAAAGGACGAUGCUCGAGGAAAGAAGGGAGACAAGGAACUCCUCGUGGAAGGCUAUGGUCUGAAGAAGUGUAUGGUUACAGAGGGAAUCGUCGGAGAGUUCACGACCUCCAACUCGGUUAUUGAAGUUGCGCAAGUAUUGGGCAUCGAAGCGGCUCGACGGACAAUCAUCAACGAAAUCCAGACGACCAUGAAAGCGCACGACAUGAUUAUCGACCCUCGGCAUGUCAUGCUACUAGGUGAUGUCAUGACGUACAAGGGCGAGGUCCUGGGCAUCACCCGAUUCGGAGUAGCGAAAAUGAAAGACAGCGUCCUGAUGUUGGCGUCCUUUGAGAAGACGACGGACCAUCUCUUCGACGCGGCCGCGUUUGGGAAAACCGAUAGCAUCUCUGGUGUUUCGGAGAGUAUCAUUAUGGGUAAUCCCGCGGCUCAUUGUGGGACUUCGAUGCCGGCGUUGUUCUCUAGCGCGCCGACUAUCAGCAAACCGAGGAAAUUACUGUUUGAAGGGGCGCUGUAAGGUGAAUUUAGGUCCUUAGAAGUAUAUUCUUAUUUGUAUUCCGACUGUACGCUUAAUCUUAGAUGUAUUCACCUUGAUCCGCCUACCGAGCCAUUCUGCCAUUGACUGUAACGAAGCCGUAGGC